AUGGAGAUCGAGUCAAGGCAAGACGCCAAAGAGAGACUUAAAUCAGUUCAACGACUGUUGAAAGAAACCUGUGCUCAAUUUGAGAAGAUCACCAAAAGAAGGCUUGAGUCCAGAAGAUUUGAAGACCCUCGAAGCUUUGAAGAACUCAAGGCGAGAAUCUUAUCGGGUGAAAAAGGAGAGGACGAUGCGUCCAGAGCAACGAGGCAAAGGUUUCUUACGAUCGUGUCUGUUGUUCAGGCAUGGACAGGACCCAUAAAGACUGCUACCGAUGUGGCAAGUAUCUCAUUGGAAAGCAAGGAAGAAGGGAAAAGAAAAGAAAAGCAUCAAGAUAUUCCCUCGGGGAGGGGGGGGGUUCAUAUCUGCGCAUUCAUGAAGCUAAGGUGA